CUCUCAGAUGCCUCAGACUUUUCCCUUUUAUCCCUCUUGCUCACGUGCUUCCUUUCACUCUUUCCAGAGGGCAGGCAUCCUACCUCCAGUUGCUCCAUCCCUUGGCCCUCCCCUGCUCUCCAUCUAGCCAGACUGGUUUGAGCCAGCCACACCUCCUUUCCCAGCUACUGGGGUUCUUCAGGUGGCUGGCCACCCAACCCCACCCCUGGCCUUGGCUUGGAGCCCUGAGUCAGCUCCCUCACACCACCCAAGCUAAAUCAAACCUGAGGCAGGAGCCGAAACUCACAGUCCCUCAAGACCUAUAGCCAGGUGAUGGCGGACGAGGAGAAGGCAGUGGAGACCUUGGUGGGGAACUCAGAAGCUGUUCAUUCCCCAUCCCCCAUCCGCUGCUGCUGGCUCCGCCUCCGCUACUUGGCAGCUACUAGCAUUAUCUGUGGCUGCUCUUGCCUGGGAGUCAUGGCUCUUGUGUUUGCCAUCAAGGCGGAAGAGCGGCAUAAGGCAGGCCGGUCGGAGGAGGCAGUGCACUGGGGGGCCCGGGCCCGGAGGCUCAUCCUUGCCAGCUUUGCUGUCUGGUUUGCUGUCCUCAUUCUGGGCCCCAUGCUGCUGUGGCUGCUCUCCUACGCCAUCGCUCAGGCUGAGUGACCCUGGGUGGCCUCUGCUGAGAGCCAGCCGAGACCUCCUGGAUCCUGCAAUGAGGCAUUGCUGAGGUCCGGUGACAGUAGUGGUCCUCCCUGGCUGGAAUAAUGGGGUUUCUCUCAAGGGGCUGUGGAAGAGCUCUUCUAGCCCUUCAUAAAAGGAGAGCAGCAGCUGAGACUGAUGAGGGGAGGUCAGCCUGCUCUGUUCUUUCCAUGCCCGCCACCCUCAUCUCCCUCACCCCACCCCACCCCAUCCUAGGGGCCUCCACCCAAAGGAAGGGUUGAACACCAGGUCUAAUUUUAUUAACAUUUGUUUUGUAAUAAAAGCCUUUUUUAGUGGUGAAA